AUGUGUAAUUUAGCAGACAACGCGUUCUAUGAUGAAAAUGUUAUAAAUUUACAUGCGAAUGUCGCGAUGAAUAUAAUGCGAGGAACGAGCGCUGUUGUAGCGAAUUUGCAUGAAGCACGGUUAUUUAGCCGCAACCGGCGGCGCUGCUACGCGCAGCCGGCGCGCCGCGGGCCUGCGCCGCCAAUGCGCUUUGCGUGUGUCGCGCUGACCACUUCGCCUGCGACCUCGUGCCCUUCUACAGAGGACGGCGCGGCACACGUGUCACUGUGGUCGGCGCGGCUAGGCGCGCUGAGCGAGUCGGCGCUGGACGCGCGCGCGCUGCGCACGCUAGUGCUGGUCGCCGCGCGGCUGCACCACAUCGAGUCUAACGUCUUUACGCCCAUGGUUACCACGCUUGCAUCGUUAGAUCUAGGAUACAAUGAGUUUACAGAUAUACCUAUUGAGGCGCUUAAACAUUUGAGAGUAUUGAACUGGCUCAAUUUACAAAACAACUUCAUAAGUGACCUAGAUUCGGAUAUAGACUGGGGAGGGUUGUCGGAUUCUCUGAGUAGUUUAUCGCUCAGUAACAAUCAAAUAUGCGUCAUUCGAGAGAACGCGCUCUCAUCUCUAAGACAGCUGGUGCAACUGGAGCUGGAUGGGAACCGCCUGAGGGAACUAGAGGCACGCUCUCUACCACCGAGUAUCGUUCUUCUGAGGCUCUCUGAUAACUUGCUGUCGGCCACGCCCUGCGAAGCGCUCGCUUCGCUUUCGCGGCUGCGCCACCUGCACCUUCGCAACAACCUUCUUCGGCCGCGUUCAAAUCACUCCUGUUCGUCUGAACGCCCAAAGAUCGACUCUCUAGACCUCAGCCACAACGAACUCACCGACAGCUCUAACUUUGACUUUAAACACGGCUAUCAACUAAAACAAUUAAUUUUGGACUUGAACGAGUUCACAGCUGUGCCUCCGUUAGCUUUAGAAUUUGGACGAUUGGAAAAGUUGUCAAUGUCCUAUAAUAAUAUUAGUGAUUUAUCGAACGCUAUGGUGCACGCUUUGAAGCACAGCUUAGAACGCCUAGAGCUGGAUCAUAACAAGAUUGCAAAACUUCCGCCAAAUAUCCAGGAAUUGGGACGAUUGCGAUAUCUUUCUGUCGCUUACAAUGAUUUGGAAGAUAUCGAGAAUUUGCCACCGAAUUUGCACACUUUGUUAAUCAGCGGCAACUUUUUGUCAAAGUUCCCGAGUGCGUUACAAAAUAUGUCUUCCGCGUCAAUAGUGUUCCUAGAUCUGAGCUACAACGCGAUCUCGCAGGUAAGCGCCGACGCGUUCGGGCCGUGGGCGGACGCUCUGGCCACGCUCAGUCUGCGCGCCAACCGCCUCACGCACCUGCCCGCCGGGUCUUUCCCGCCGCUACCUCUGCGAGAGCUCAUCCUCAGCUUUAACGACUUGUACCUCGUCGAAAAAGUCGUAUUCGCCAAUCUCACCGACUUAAAAGUCCUAGAAUUGUCUUCCACAUUUUUCAAUGGAGAUUUCCCCGCCGGUUCCGGCUUGGAAACUUUGAAAUGGUUGAAAUUAGAUAAUAAUAACAUUCAUUACUUUUCGUCUGCGGAUUUUCAAAACUUUCCGUCGUUAGAAUAUCUCAAUUUAGAUUUUAACAAAAUAAUUGAAUUCCCGAGCGAAGUGACGGAAGUGAGCGGCUUUUAUAAAUUAAGAGAGUUAAGACUGUCGUACAAUUUUAUAAGUAGAGUGAAUCCGGAGUUUCUCGUUAAUUUAGCGGAUCUACAAAGUGUCGAUUUAUCUUACAACCGCAUACUCAAUGCAAGCGAAUCGAGCUUUGCAAAUUUACCGAACUUGGUUUAUUUAAGUUUGGCGGCGAACGGCAUGGAGUUCGUCGCCGAGGGCGCGUUCAGCGCGCUGCCGCGACUGCAGGCGCUGCAGCUGCAGAAUAACGAGCUGGCCGAGUUCUCCACGCGCUACUUCCUCAAUGUGUCCGCUGACGAUGCGCAGCUUUCCGUAAAUGCUAGUUACAACCGCAUCGCUUCCUUAAUAGGUGGACGUGAUGCACACAUUCGUGUUCUUGAUUUAUCUCAUAACUUGUUAGAAAGUAUUCCAAGAAAUUUUUUUGAUGCCUUAGGGGCGCACGUUAAACAAUUAUAUCUCUCACACAAUAGAAUAAUGCAUAUCGAAAGCUACACUUUUUCGUCUUUAAUAAAACUGGAUAUAUUGCAUCUUCAAAAUAAUAGUAUUAGUGCGCUACGCCGCCGAGCUUUCUUCGAAAUGAAUUCUUUACAAAUUUUGGAUCUAUCCCAUAACAGUAUUUCGCAAUUACUCGUAGAACAAUUCCACAAUUUGCGACAACUACGUCAUUUAAAACUUAAUAGCAACGUUCUACGAGCCCUGCCUCGCGACAUCUUUAAGAACACUCUCCUUGAGUACUUAGACUUGGGAGAAAAUCAGCUCGCUCUGUUUCCGAGCAGCGCGCUGUCUCAAGUGGGCUUCACUCUGCGGCGGCUCGAGCUGCCGGGAAACAGACUCGAGUAUCUCGACGUCGCGAUGUUCCACGCGACUGCCUUUUUACACGAACUCAAUCUAGCCCGCAACGCCUUGACCGUACUCUCGGAUAACACUUUUGCCGGUCUACCACAGCUGCGUCGGCUCGACCUUUCUUACAACGCGAUCAAAACUAACUUCAAGGAACUCUUUCACAACGCGCCACGACUUCGCCGGCUUUCCCUGACUGGUAUCGGUCUGAAGAGUAUACCUCAACUGCCGCUCAAUUAUCUCACUGAAAUAAAUUUAAGUAACAAUUAUAUCGCAUCGUACGGGGAAAGUGACGUGCGUCAUCUGUUUAAUUUGCGAGCGCUCGACAUCUCCGCCAAUAAGUUCACGUCCUUGAGACCGGCGAUGUGGGCAGGAUUGCCUCGAUUGAUUUCCUUAGACGUAUCGCGCAAUCCCGUAGUACGGAUACCGAUAAGCGCUUACGAUAGUCUAUCUCAUCUUCUACAUCUACGAAUGUACGGUCUGCGAUAUUUAGAAGCGAUAGAGCCUAAAGCGUUUCGACCGUUGGUCUCCCUGAGGUCAUUGAGUCUCGAGUCCCCCGUGAUUCCGGGUCGUAAUUUGCCUAUCGCCGAAAUAGUUUCGGCCGUUCCACACUUGGAGGCGUUAAAUUUGUUCAUACAAGACGGAACGCUAGACAAGCAACUGUUGGAAGUGGCAGUCCCGAAGCUGCGGUCGGUGGAGGUUCACGGGCGCGCCCUGCGGCGCGUGGCGGCGGGCGCGCUGGCGGGGCUGGGCAGGCAGCGGGCGCUGGCGCUGCGGCUGAGCGGCUCGGAGCUGGCGGCGCUGCCGGCCGGGCUGGCCGCGCCGCUCGCGCGCGUGCCGCACCUCGCGCUCGACUUUAGCGAUAACCAGCUUACCACUUUUAGUCCAGCUGUGCUUUAUCCGAACCAUACGGGCUGGAACCGAUACGCUACGAGACUUUUACCAGGUGGUUUGUCUCUCUCCGGGAAUCCCCUUCGAUGCGGAUGUUCCUCGUCUUGGGUGGGAGGUUGGCUGCGACGUUGGACUACGGAGGUGGGCGGGGACAGCCGCGGCGCGCGGGCGGCGGCGGGCGCCAGCACGUGCGCGAGCGGCGCGCGCCGGCUGCCGCUGCUGGCUCAGCACGUGGACGAGGCCGAGUGCCACGCCAGCGCCCUGUCCAGCCCCUCCAAGAGGACUUUCCCCUGCACACUUCUCUCUAUACUUCCGGCCGUGGUUGUCGUUCAUUCUGUCAGAUAAUGAAAAAUCUACGUUCUAAAGUGAUAGCGUGCGAUGUGACUGUACGUGUGUUCGUAAUGAGAACCUUUGUGAUAACUCUUUCCUGUUAAGUUUGAAAUAAUAAUGCUAUUUCUAUAGCAAGUUCGUGCGGAUUUUAAAUUAAUUUUUAUCUAAAUAUGUUCCAUUCUUUUUAGUUACUUUUUGCUUAUAAACGCUGCCUUUCGGCUGUAUCUGUAUAAUUAUUGUAUUUGACAAAAACUUGAAUUGUAAACUAUACAAUUUAGCAUUUCUUCAUAUUUUUUGUGAGUUGUAUGAAUAAAUACUUAACUUCUGAAAACGUUCUUGGACUCUAAAACGAACAACGAAACGUUUUGAACGACAUUUUACACAAAAUAUCACACAAAAUCGCUUUUUGAUGAGUCAAUGAUGCUGCGGCGCCGCUCGCGCGCUCGCAGUAUUACUAUAGAUGUAAAUAAGAUGUAAAUAUUGAAAUUGGUUAUUAUAAGAGACGAAUUAAAUAUUUUCAUA